AUGUACAGUUUAAGUCACAUGCAAAACCUUUGAGUGAUAGCAAACUUCAUUGUAGGAUGUUUAGCAGCAUCCCUGGCCUCUACUUACUAGAUCCCAAUAGCAUCCCUCUAGGUGUGACAACCAAAAAUGUCUCCAGGCAUUGACCUCUGGGGGCAAAAAAAAGCCCUUUAUUAAGAACCACUGGUAUACAUAAGUAAAACAUACACAAGAGAUUCCUCCCCUCUUCUCUGUAUGUGAAUAAAAAUUGCAAAGUUCAUGACCUGGAUUUUCUUUUUAGGUUUCUUCUUUAGUGGUUCUUAACUUCAUUGGGUGAAGUAAGCCUUUGAAGAUCUGUUGAAAGCUGUUGACUCAUUCACUUCUCAGGAAAACGCACAUGCUGACUACCAUUUCAGAGAAUUCGCAUCAGUGUUCUCUGGGGAGGAGUUCUGAGUUCUGUUUCCAGGAGCUCAUAGAAUUGUCAUGGUCUGUAUAUUCAAGGUAGGUGGAUAACGGAAGGUUGAUGUACAGAGGUCUGUAUUUUGGAGCCUCUUCUGUAUUUACUUCAGAACGCUAGUAAUCGGGCGAGAAUGUUCUGGUUUAUCAAACCCUUCCUUCUGCCUUUCAUCUUAACCAUGCAUUAGUUUUAGCAAAGUUCAUCCCAACAGAAGACAAAACACUGAUGAGGUAGGAUAGCUCUGGCUCCUCCUCCCUCUCUUCUAGUCUUGAUUUCCAUGUAGUCCAGUUUAUUCCUUCUCUGAUUGUCCAGGAGAAUGAGAAAAAAGAAAAAACAGAGUCUGGCGGGUAAGAAAGGGCCACCUGGACGGCUUGAUUUGGAUUGUGAAAUAAAACACACACACGUGCACACGUAGAAUAAGUGGCUAAAAUCUGAGUAAAUCGUGAUCUCUCUGUAUCCUCCACCCACUGAAUACUCCUAAAAGACUUUCUAGAAAUUCAAGGACUUAUUAAUACAGUAACCUGGCCACUGUUCCUCUUCUCCUCCCCAUGUGGUAUAAGAGCACCUGUGGCACACUCCCAAAGACCACGGACCACUUCCUCUAGGCGGGCUCUGCUCUCCUUUGAGGAGUCCCACAGGGCCUGGCCCGCCACUGACCUCGCAGCCCUUGAGAUUAGUAACGGGAUGAGUGAGGAUCCGGGUGGCCCCUGCGUGGCAGCCAGUAAGAGUCUCAGUCUUCCCGGUUCGGGAAAGGGAAAGAAUGCAGGAGGGGUAGGAUUUCUUUCCUGAUAGAUCGGUUGGGAAAGACCGCAGCUUGUGUGUGUCUUUCCCUUCGAUCAAGGUGUCUGUUGCUCCAUAAAUAAAACGUCCCACUGCCUUCUGAGAGCGCUAUAAAUGCAGCGGAAGGGUAGUCCGCGGGGCAUUCCGGGCGGGGCGCGAGCAGAGACAGGUCAUGGCAGCGCCGGGCGGCAGGUCGGAGCCGCCGCAGCUCCCCGAGUACAGCUGCAGCUAUGUGGUGUCGCGGCCGGUCUACAGCGAGCUCGCUUUCCAGCAACAGCACGAGCGGCGCCUGCAGGAGCGCAAGACGCUGCGGGAGAGCCUGGCCAAGUGCUGCAGUUGUUCAAGAAAGAGAGCCUUUGGUGUGCUAAAGACUCUCCUGCCCAUCUUGGAGUGGCUCCCCAAAUACCGAGUCAAGGAAUGGCUGCUUAGUGACAUCAUUUCGGGAGUUAGUACUGGGCUAGUGGCCACACUGCAAGGGAUGGCAUAUGCCCUACUAGCUGCAGUUCCUGUUGGAUAUGGUCUCUACUCUGCGUUUUUCCCUAUCCUGACAUACUUUAUCUUUGGAACAUCAAGACAUAUCUCAGUUGGACCUUUUCCAGUGGUGAGUUUAAUGGUGGGAUCUGUUGUUCUGAGCAUGGCCCCCGACGAACACUUUCUCGUAUCCAGCAGCAAUGGAACUGUAUUAAAUACUACCAUGAUAGACACUGCAGCUAGAGAUACAGCUAGAGUCCUGAUUGCCAGUGCCCUGACUCUGCUGGUUGGAAUCAUACAGUUGAUAUUUGGCGGCUUGCAGAUUGGAUUCAUAGUGAGGUACUUGGCAGAUCCUUUGGUUGGUGGCUUCACAACAGCUGCUGCCUUCCAAGUGCUGGUCUCACAGCUAAAGAUUGUCCUCAAUGUUUCAACCAAAAACUAUAAUGGAGUUCUCUCUAUUAUCUAUACACUGGUUGAGAUUUUUCAAAAUAUUGGUGAUACCAAUCUUGCUGAUUUCACUGCUGGAUUACUCACCAUUGUCGUCUGUAUGGUGGUUAAGGAAUUAAAUGAUCGGUUUAGACACAAAAUCCCAGUCCCUAUUCCUAUAGAAGUAAUUGUGACGAUAAUUGCUACUGCCAUUUCAUAUGGAGCCAACCUGGAAAAAAAUUACAAUGCUGGCAUUGUUAAAUCCAUCCCAAGAGGGUUUUUGCCUCCUGAACUUCCACCUGUGAGCUUGUUCUCGGAGAUGCUGGCUGCAUCAUUUUCCAUCGCUGUGGUGGCUUAUGCUAUUGCAGUGUCAGUAGGAAAAGUAUAUGCCACCAAGUAUGAUUACACCAUCGAUGGGAACCAGGAAUUCAUUGCCUUUGGGAUCAGCAACAUCUUCUCAGGAUUCUUCUCUUGUUUUGUGGCCACCACUGCUCUGUCCCGCACGGCCGUCCAGGAGAGCACUGGAGGAAAGACACAGGUUGCUGGCAUCAUCUCUGCUGCGAUUGUGAUGAUCGCCAUUCUUGCCCUGGGGAAGCUUCUGGAACCCUUGCAGAAGUCGGUCUUGGCAGCUGUCGUAAUUGCCAACCUGAAAGGGAUGUUUAUGCAGGUGUGUGACAUUCCUCGUCUGUGGAGGCAGAAUAAGAUUGAUGCUGUUAUCUGGGUGUUUACGUGUAUAGUGUCCAUCAUUCUGGGGCUGGAUCUCGGUUUACUAGCUGGCCUUAUAUUUGGACUAUUGACUGUGGUCCUGAGAGUUCAGUUUCCUUCUUGGAAUGGCCUUGGAAGCAUCCCUAGCACAGAUAUCUACAAAAGUACCAAGAAUUACAAAAACAUUGAAGAACCUCAAGGAGUGAAGAUUCUUAGAUUUUCCAGUCCUAUUUUCUAUGGCAAUGUCGAUGGUUUUAAAAAAUGUAUCAAGUCCACAGUUGGAUUUGAUGCCAUUAGAGUAUAUAAUAAGAGGCUGAAAGCACUGAGGAAAAUACAGAAACUAAUAAAAAAUGGACAAUUAAGAGCAACAAAGAAUGGCAUCAUAAGUGAUGCUGGUUCAACAAAUAAUGCUUUUGAGCCUGAUGAAGAUAUUGAAGAUCCAGAGGAACUUGAUAUCCCAACUAAGGAAAUAGAGAUUCAAGUGGAUUGGAACUCUGAGCUUCCAGUCAAAGUGAACGUUCCCAAAGUGCCAAUCCAUAGCCUUGUGCUUGACUGUGGAGCUAUAUCUUUCCUGGACGUUGUUGGAGUGAGGUCACUGCGGGUGAUUGUCAAAGAAUUCCAAAGAAUUGAUGUGAAUGUGUAUUUUGCAUCACUUCAAGAUUAUGUGAUAGAAAAGCUGGAGCAAUGCGGGUUCUUUGACGACAACAUUAGAAAGGACACAUUCUUUUUGACGGUCCAUGAUGCUAUACUCUAUCUACAGAACCAGGUGAAAUCUCAAGAGGGUCAAGAUUCCAUUUUAGAAACGAUCACCCUCAUUCAAGACUGUAAAGAUACCCUUGAAUUAAUAGAAACAGAGCUGACAGAAGAAGAACUUGAUGUCCAGGAUGAGGCUAUGCGUACACUUGCAUCCUGAAAGUGGGCUCAGCAGGUCUCUAUGAGCAAGGAAUACAAGACAAAACUUCCUCACUGCAUUGACUAUUUCUUCAGACUCAAAACACUCAUUAUUUUUUCUAUUAAGCCAUUGAAAGAGAAGUACUAAGACUGUUUCUAGGCUUUAUUUAUAAACACCUUAUCCCUAACAUGUACAAAAUGGCAAGAAUUAUUCGGACGAUUUGGCAGUGUCCAGGAUAAGCUGGUGUUAUAAUACGCUGCUGAUCCACAUCACAGAUUUGCUAAUAAUGUUCACGUGGGUACUGGCAUAUCUCUGUUCAGUUAGAGUGAGUGCUGACCCAACAGCCUCUGUGGUCAGGUGAGUCACGAAUGAUUAAUCAUAAAGAAAAGUCAGUUUUUGACUGACCUGGAUAUCCAUGAGCUGCACUGAUCACCAUGUAAGGUCACAUUUAGUAAAUGCUGAAAUAAAAUUAUUAAUGCGUUUAUCAAUAAAAGCCUUUGAAAAUAACUUUGGAUAAUAAGUUGGAGUUUUAAAAAUGCAAAUUUGCUUAGUAUCUAAUAAUGAAGUGUUAUUACAUAUAGCCAGAAUUGAGGAUCUCUUUGAUCCUGGAAAUGGUUUACCUUAAAGCUACAGAACCAGGCCAAUAUAUUUUGAAACAUCGAUGCAGACAAAUGAAAUAAUAAAGAGAUUUUCAUGGUUUAUAAAAAUCAUUUUUUUGAUAUGAUAAUAAUCAUGAUCACAACUGAGAUCAAAGAAAAAUAUAUGACAGAUUAUUUUGUUUAAAAACGUAGUUUUAAUUAUCUUAGUCUAUAGAAAUGAUCAUUGCAUGGAGGCAUAUAUAGGUAUGAUCUAUGUAAAAUCUGACAUAAAAACAGUGCUAUUUUGAGUGAAAAUUUUUUUGAUGUGCUUAUGUAACCAUGGUGAUUAAAAUGAGUUUAUAUUUUUUCUCAAAAGUUUUAGCAGUAUAUAAAGUAAGUAAUCUUUAUCUGAACUCUGACCACUUAAAAAGAAAUCUAAAAAUUGAACUGCCUAUAGUAGUCUAUGUUUAAAGUGAAUUUUUAAAAACAAAGCAUUCUAAAUGAACUCAGUAUAAAAACAUUCAUUUGGAAUGUACAUACUGAAAAAUACAGGUUUUUUUGACCAAAAGUUUUUAUAUCUUUUCUUUUUAUUUAUUUUUUCCCUAAGUGCCAACAAUCUUCUAGGUAUUAUGUAUAACACAGGCUUUGGUCUUGGGGACUUUUCCCAUAUAUUUCACACUGGAAUGAAUGAAGUUGUACCUCAUUUCUAGAGAAAAGUAAUACCCAGGUCCCCAAUUGAGAAUGUCUUGCUUGAUUGAAAACUACAUCAUCCCUUGGUAUACUCCAGGACCCCUGCAUUUACCAAAAUUUGUACACACUCAAGUCCUGUAGUCACCCCUGCCCAAAGGUAGAAUGGCUUCUCUGUUUUUCUUCUGAAAUACAACCAGAAACAAUGUGUCUAUUUCUGAAAGAAUAUGAUUAAUGAUUAUACAAAUUGGUUAAUCCUGAAUUCUGGUUGUAAAUCUGGUUACAGCAUAACUAGGAUUAUAAUGCUGUCUCCUUUUGACAGCACUACCUGCUUAUAUUGACAACAAAGCAUCUCUCUAAAGAGUGAAUGUAGGCUGGGCGUGGUGGCUCAUGCCUGUAAUCCCAGCACUUUGAGAGGCCGAGGCAGGUGGAUCACAAGGUCAGGAGAUCGAGACCAUCCUGGCUAGCAUGGUAAAACCCCAUCUCUACCAAAAAAUACAAAAAAAGAAAUUAGCCGGGCGUGGUGGUGGGUGCCUGUAGUCCCAGCUACUUGGGAGGCUGAGGCAUGAGAAUGGCGUGAACCUGGGAGGCUGAGCUUGCAGUGAGCCGAGGUCAUGCCACUGCACUCCAACCUGGGCAACAGAGCGAGACUGCAUCAAAAAAAAAAAAAGAGUGAAUGUAAUAGUCUUGCAGAAAAUGAAUGAAUACCUUUGUUCAAUAAAGGAAAUAUGCACUGCUCACUUUUUUGAAGGAAACGCCAAAGUUACAUUUUACAACAAGGCUAGAGUUUGUAAAUUCUGGGUUCAUUUGUGAUGACAUAAGUCAGUAAACUGUGGGAAUACUGUCUCUUCUAUGUAUUUUAUGAAUAGUAAGCAUAAUUUUAGUUUUGUAUUAUCAGUGGAAAUUUCACUUGAAAUUAAAGCUGCCUUUUGUUAUAUUUUUAACCUAUAGAUUAAGAUUCCAGUAUUGCAUAUGAGUUUUAAUAAAUUAAAAAAUCAAAUCAUGUACAUUUGAAAAUAUUUGCAACAUUUAAAAAUAAAUGUCAAGUGUCUUUUAAACUACUCCGAUGUGUCCUUUCUGAACAAAACUAUUAAAUAUAAUAAAGAAUGUGCCAGGAGCAGUGGCGCACGUCCUUGUAGUCUCAGCUACUUGGA